GGAGAAAAAAAAAAGUAGAAAAGAAAAGGGAAGUGAAGAUAAAAGUGUGUGUGAGAGAGAGAGGGGCAUUUGAUUUGGAUAUUUGUGAUGAAAGAGAGAGGGCAUGGAGAAUCGGAAUGGUAAAGGUGAGAGACACAGACAGCUGAGGUUACUGUUGUCACUCCCUGGCCCUGUGUUGUGAGUUGUGAGCAAUUAAACUAGAAAAUCCCAAUUCUCUCUCUCUUUCUUUCUCAUAUGCUCAAAACUCAUUCACUCACUCACUCCCAGAGCAAAAGCAAUCAAAGAUAUUAAGAUUCGAAAGCCACAGUAGAUCAAUAAGAAAUGAGAGAGAAGCAGGGUGAGGGUGAGGGUGAGGGUGAGGAGCAGCACCGGUCCUUCGAAAUCACGGAAUCCUCGACUUCCAAGAGCCGAACCUGCGCUCAGUCGGAGCCCCACGCCCCCUUCCCGGACCAGGUCCUGGAGAACGUCCUGGAAAACGUGCUCCACUUCCUGACCUGGCGGCGAGACCGGAACGCCGCCUCAUUGGUGUGCCGCUCCUGGUACCGUGCGGAGGCUCUGACCCGAUCCGACCUCUUCAUCGGCAACUGCUACGCCCUCUCCCCCAACCGUGCGACCUCGCGUUUCACUCGCGUCAAGUCCCUCACCCUCAAGGGCAAACCCCGCUUCGCUGACUUCGACCUCCUGCCCCUCGAUUGGGGGGCCCACUUCGCCCCUUGGGCCUCCGCCUUGGCCCAAGCCUACCCCUUCCUCGAGAAGCUCCACCUCAAACGCAUGUCCCUCACCGACCACGACCUCGCCCUUCUCGCCGACUCCUUCCCCUCUUUCCGCGAACUCGUCCUCGUUUGCUGCGAAGGCUUCGGCACCCCCGGCCUUGCCGCCCUCGCCGCCAAGUCCAGGUCGCUUAGGGUGCUUGAGCUUGUGGAAUCUGUGGUGGGGCUUGAGGACGAUGAGGAGGUCGAUUGGAUUUCGUGUUUUCCCGACACCCACACCAAUAUGGAGUCUCUUAUGUUCGAUUGCGUGGAGUGUCCCAUUAAUUUCGAGGCUUUGGAGGCUUUGGUGGCUAGGUCACCUUCCUUGAAGAAGCUUCGUCUGAACGGAUCUGUCUCCAUGGCUCAGCUUUACCGGUUAAUGCUUCGGGCUCCUCAGCUUACUCACCUUGGAACUGGCUCCUUCAGUGCUACGGAGGGCGCGCCGCUUCCCGAUCAGGAGCCCGAUUAUGCCGCCGCCUUUCAGGCUUGCAGAUCCUUGGUUUGCCUCUCCGGAUUCAGGGAGAUUUGGUUGGAUUACCUUCCGGCCAUUUUUCCGGUUUGCGCGAAUCUUACUUCGUUGAAUUUGAGCUACGCGGAUGUCAAUGCGCUUCAGCUCAAGUCGGUGAUUCGACACUGUCAUAAGCUGCAGAUAUUGUGGGUGCUUGAUUCGAUAUGCGAUGAAGGGCUUCAGGCGGUGGCGGCGACUUGCAAGGACUUGCGCGAGCUUCGGGUUUUCCCUGUGGAUGCCAGGGAGGGGACGGAAGGGCCUGUUUCUGAGGUGGGUUUUGAGGCCAUUUCUCAGGGUUGUAGGAAGUUGGAAUCGAUUUUGUUUUUCUGCCAGAGGAUGACGAAUGCGGCUGUGGUUUCCAUGUCAAAGAACUGUCCGGAUCUUGUGGUGUUUCGCUUGUGUAUAAUUGGGCGGUAUAGGCCGGAUGCGGUCACUCAGGAACCCAUGGAUGAGGGUUUUGGUGCUAUUGUGAUGAAUUGCAAGAAGCUCACUCGGCUUGCUGUGUCUGGUUUGCUCACGGAUCGUGCUUUUGAGUACAUUGGCAAGUAUGGGAAAUUGGUUAGGACGCUAUCAGUUGCCUUUAAUGGGGACACUGACAUGGCCCUUAAAUAUGUGCUUGAAGGAUGCCCCAAUUUGCAAAAGCUUGAAGUCAGGGAUAGUCCUUUUGGAGAUGUGGCUCUGCGAUCCGGUUUGCAUCAUUAUUACAACAUGAGAUUCCUCUGGAUGUCGUCAUGUAAAUUGACGCGCCAAGCUUGCCAAGAAGUUGCGCGGGCAUUGCCCCGCCUGGUUUUGGAAGUCAUCAACAGUGAGUCGAAAGCAGGGGACGAUAUUGAGAUAUUGUACAUGUAUCGGUCUCUUGAUGGGCCACGGGAUGACGCUCCAAGAAUUGUUACCAUCCUGCAUUAGAUUUUUCUUUCUAAUUCAACAAGAUUUUAGCUCUUUCCAAUGGUGGCUGUCGGAUGGAAUAGGAUGGAGCAGGGGAUUUUAAAUAAACCUGCCAGAAGAUUUCUCUGCUGUCCCUGGCAAACAAAGUUAAGCUUACAACUCCUGUUCUUGGCGUGGGCUGCAGUGAUGGCAGGCCACAAAGCUGCUAUUGGAAGGGGAGUUGGGAAAAUUUCUUCAUUUGCCCUUUUUUGCGUUAGAGGACUGAAGAUUGGGAGAGGGAAUAGAAUAAUAGGAAGGGGUAGAGGGAGGAUGAUUCAGGAAAUGAAGUCCUGCAGCAUUGAGUCAUUCAAUGUUGUUGUAUCGUCAAAGUUUAUGUAUUUUUUUUUCUUUUAUAUUCAUUCUAUCAUGGGAG